AUGAUUACACAGAAUUCCAUACCAGAGGUGAAAGAAAAUUUUAUUGGUUACGCUCUGAAUGAGAGAAGGAUCCGGUUGCCGCAGUUCCAAGAUUUAGGGCCAGCAGACCUGAUUACACUGGCAAAAUACUUACCCACCUCGGGUAAUACAAAUGUUAUAAACAGUACAAGUAGAAAUAAUGGUGUCAUGAUGCGCUCUCCUGCAGCGGCUGGACCCUAUGACACCGGUUCGUCCAUGGUAGCCAAUGGAGCAACCAGUGACGCCGCCGUUACCACGAACUCUACCGCAGCAUCUAUAUACAGUGACAACAAGGGUACCAAUGAUACGGCCUCGAUGAUUACCGAGUUUCAUCCACUCAAUAAACUGAAGGGCGAAGUAGGGACCUUUUUUUAUUCCAUGGGUGUCGAUACCUCCAGUCCAACUUCAAUUGCGAUAUUUUUAAAGGAGAUUUCAGAUAUUAUUACCGAGAAACCUCAAGUAUGGUUUGGCAAAAGCAAAACGUUCCAUGUUGCUCGGGUCUCAUUUUCAACAUGGAAUGCCUUUAGAAGAUGCGACAUAAACGUCAUUGUAAAUAUCCCUGGAACCAUCCAAAACUACAUAGUGGAUUGCAACGGUGAAAGCCAGAAUUUAGAGAUGUGUGCGGAACAUGAUUUGAUAUGGGCGGAAACAUUUGUAAGUGGGGUAGUACGGUCAAUCAUGUUAAUGAAGGAAAACGCUGAAGAGGGAGAAUUGCAAAAUUUGGUGGAGACGUUGAUUUUGAACCCAUUGGCGGCUGGACAAAUCGAUGAUGUGGCAGAAAUGUUUAUUGAUUCGUUCCCUAUAAUCUACCACAAGGGCCCACUGUUAGGUGCUCCUUAUUGUAUUGCUAAUGUAACAAAAACCAACAACUACUUGGUAGAGACACUGGUGGAGCUAGUUAAGUUGACUCGUAGCGUUGGUAGGGCGGAAGUAAUGUUGAAAGAUUUGGCCACUGAUAACCCUGAGGUCACCAUAAUACUGACCAAGAUCUACUUGGUAUGCGAUCGAGAAAUAGAUGCAACGAAGCUCAUGUAUGAUACGCUUUUACGGGAUGACAAAAUAACCGAUACUAAUAACUACAUGGACUACAAAUCAGAACUACUGUGCUUACAGGCGCAAUUUUUGGUAGACAAAAAGCAAGACUACAAUCUGGCACAAAACAUAGCGCAAGAAGCCGCCAAUUGUUCUCCAAGUGAAUUCAAACCUUGGUAUAUUCUAUCCAAAGUAUACGUGAAACUGAACGAUAUUGAAAACGCCCUGCUAAUACUAAAUUCAUGUCCCAUGUCUCCAUUGAAGGAAAAAUACGUACUGAAAAGAGUGGUUCCAUUAUCUUCUGAUAAUAGUCUUCAUUUACCACUACCAAUUGAUGUCGUACUGGAUGAAGUGACAUCAUUGAAUCCGCAGGACGUUCAGAAGGAGCACCGUUCCGCAGAUUCGAUGCUGGUGAAUUUAGCUGCGUCGAAUUUGAAAUCUACAUUCCAAUUGGCGUACCGCUUAUUAACAGAAAUUGUGCAAAUCACCGGCUGGGAAAAUCUGUUAAAGUAUAGGUCAAAUAUAUUUGUUAUGGAAGACGAAUACCAAAAGUCGUCAUCUUCAUUAUCCAAAAGCGUCAAUGAACAAGAAGAAGUGCCCUUGAGGGCAAAAAGGCUAUGUGAAAGAUGGUUGGACAAUCUCUUCAUGCUAUUAUAUGAGGAUUUAAAAAUGUAUACAUUAUGGCAAACAGAACAACUGUACAUGGACGUACGAAAUAACAACCACAAUAAAUUGACGUUUGAAUGGGAGUUGUUUGGACUUUGUGCACGCCGUUUGGGGCAUUUCCCUGAAGCCGCAAAGGCAUUUCAGAACGGCCUGUCACAGAGAUUUUCACCAAGGUGUGCAAGAAAGCUGCUGGAAUAUUGUGUAAACGAGCGUCAACGGAUAAAGAAGUUCAUUAACUCACCCAACUCGCAUGACAUGGCUCCUGAGAUGAUAAGCUCACGCAUAAGCGAACUGGACAACAGCAUUAUCGAUCUUUGCGUGAAAAUAUGUUGCUGGAACCACCGUUGGUAUACUGAGUUCUCUAUAAGUUUACUCGAUUCUUUAAGCGUGGUCAUCCAAGAUAUGGGAUUAACAAAAGUAUCCAAUGAAAUAUCGUCGAGAUACUCAGAGACUGUUCUCAAAUUGGUCCGGGAGAACUUGCUCGAUUUUUUUGCUACUGGCACCAACGGGUAUUAUGAUGCAUAA